UGGGCGGGGAGCGUCGGAUGCGCUCGCCCAUGGGCUCACAGCUUUUGGCGCCCGUCGCGUCUCGCCUCAGGGUCCUUCCUGGGCCUCCGCUUUACGGCUAGACCUGUGGUCCUGUCCGUGCUCGGCCUCCUCCAGCUGUGGCCCCUGUGGGUUUUCUCCUCGGACUUCUGCGCGAGCGGAGUGGGGUCCGAACAUGGCUGCGUCGGGUCUGGAUCAUCUCAAAAAUGACUACAGAAGAAGAUUUUGCCGACCUUCCAGGGCACCUGACAUUAAUACAGAGCAGGGCCAGAACAUACUGGAAAUCUUACAGGACUGUUUUGAAGAAAAAAGUCUUGGCAAUGAUUUUAGCACAAAUCCUACAAAAUCAGUGCUUUAUUUAACACCCAAAAUAAAAGACAUUUGUAUUAAGUCACCAAACAACGAGUGCCAGAAAUCGCAUCCAAAGUCAGUUACAGUUUCUUCAAGGAAGGAAGAAACCUCUCUGCAGUUCAUUGUAGAACCAAGUGAAACUGCCAGCAGAUCAGUUCAGGCCCAUGAAGUUCAUCAGAAAAUUCUGGCAACUGAUGUUGGUUCUGAAAAUGUACCUGACUCAAAAAACAGUAGAAAACAAAAUGAUCAUCACAGUGAAGUUGAUGAAGAAUUUUACUUAUCUGUUGGCUCACCUUCUGUUCUUUUGGAUGCAAAAACAUCUGUAUUGCAAAAUGCUGUUCCAUCUGUUUCUCAAAAGAGAGAAACUUACACUUUGGAAAAUUCAGUAAAUGUGCUGUCUUCAAGUACAGAGAUUUCUCUUAAAACCAAGAAAAGGUUAAACUUUGAAGAUAAAGAUAUUUUGAAGAAAGUGGAAAUAGAGAGUAAAGUAUCACAAGCAGAGGAUAAAAUAUCAGAAGGACAACAAGAAAGGAAAUCAUCAGGAACAUUUCAGAAAAGAAUACAGGAUUCAGAAUAUGAAGUUCAACCACAAGCUAGAAAGAGUUUUUCAACGUUGUUUUUAGAAACUGUGAAAAGAAAAAGUGAAUCCAGUCCCAUUGUUAGGCAUGUAGCGACUGUUCCUCCUCAUUCAUCUCCUCCAAAUGAUACGAAGUUAACAGAGGAUGAAUUUAUAAUUGAUGAGUCAGACAGAAGUUUUGCCAGUCAGUCUUGGAUUAUGAUACCAAGAAAAUCUGGGCCUUUGCAACAACACCCAAUAUACCCGACUGAGAGCACUGUACUCCUUCAAGGUAAGAAGUCAAGAGAAAAACAUAAUGUAUUACCUAAGACUUUGACAAGUGGCAAACAUUCCCAUAAAGCUCACCCAGUAAAGACAUCUCAGUCCUCUGAUAAAAAACAGUUGGGUACAAGUUGUGCUUUGAUAGAUGAAAUGGAAAAUAAUUGUAGAUCUGCAAAACAUGAAAUGUAUUCUGAGAAUGCACAAAAAUCAUCUGGAAACAAAAGGACUGUAAAACAAAAACGAAGAAAAUGUAAGGCGAAUGUAGUAGAAGAACAUCUUGACAUAGGACAUUCUGAAGAUGAAAACAUGAAUAUGUCACAUAUUGCCCAAGACAAGUUGCAAAGAAAUUCAGACAGCUACAUGGAAGAGUGUGAAGAGAGGAGAAAUGAUGAUAUUUCCAAAAAACAGAUGCCACCUGUGGGAAGCAAGAAAAAUAACACUAAAAAAGAUAAGGAAGAAUCCAAAAGGAAGAGUUUUUCCCAUGGUUCCAAGAAGAACAAACUUAUACCUGAAGAAGUGACUUCGACUGUUAUGAGAAGUAGAAGAAUUUCCAGGCGUCCAUCUGAUUGGUGGGUGGUAAAAUCAGAGCAAAGUCCUGUUUAUAGCAGUUCUUCAAUAAGAAAUGAAUUGUCAGUGCAUCACAACAGUACACAAAAACCUUCUAAGAAAACAAAUCAGUCAUCUAAGAAUACUGGGAAAAAAACUAUUCCAAUUAAGAGGCAGAAGACAGCUCCUCAAGGCAGCUCAAGAGUACAGAAAGUUUUAAAUGCUAAAUGUUCUGAAGGUAUUAUUCACCAUGGUCAAAUUUCCAGUUGUUCCCAGAAUGAGCCAUUGGAAAGUGAUGAGGCAGACCUGGCUAAGAAGAAAAAUCUUGAUUGCUCUGGAUCUACAGGAAGCUCAAAGGAUCAUGAUGGUAUUAUAACUGCGCAAAGUCUUCAUCUAAAGUCUCAGACCAGUGGAUAUACAUGCAAGACACCAACAAAGUCUAACUUGGAUUCUAGAGAGCCUGAGACUUCAGUUUUGGAAGGAAGUGGACCUUCAAUUCUCAAGAAUUAUUUAAUUUCUGGAAAGAAAAAUUUUAAUGUGGAUGAUGAGGAAGUUCAGGAAAGUUCAGGUGACUCAAGAGUAAAAAGGUAUAAAGUGGCACCUGAGAACAAAGUACAUCAUAAAUUAGUAUUGCCCUCCAACACACCAAAUGUUCGCAGGACCAAGAGAAUACGUUUGAAGCCUUUGGAAUACUGGCGAGGGGAGCGGAUAGAUUAUCAGGGAACACCAUCAGGCGGAUUGGAGAUUGGUGGAAUACUAUCCCCAGACACAGUAUCAUCUAAAAGGAAGGCAAAAGGAAACAAGGGAAAAAUCAACAAAAUAGUUAAUAAGAAAAGGAUUUGUCUUGAUAAUGAUGAAAGAAAAAAUAGAUUAAUGGUAAAUCUGGGUAUACCUGUAGGAGAUCCUUUGCAGCCAACGAGGGUAAAGGACCCAGAAACAAGAGAGAUUGUUCUCAUGGAUCUUAUAAGGCCCCGCGAUACAUAUCAACUUUUUGUUGAUCAUGGGGUGUUGAAAGUAUAUAAAACAUUGGAUACACCCCUUUUUUCUACUGGGAAAUUGAUAUUAGGACCACAUGAAGAAAAGGGAAAGCAGCAUGUUGGCCCAGAUAUACUGGUUUUUAAUGUUAAUUUCGGUGACCUUUUGUGUACCUUACAUGAAACACCUUAUUUAAUAACUACUGGAGAUUCAUUCUAUGUUCCUUCAGGUAAUCAUUACAGUAUCAAAAAUCUCCUGAAUGAGGAAAGUGUUCUUCUUUUUACUCAGAUAAAAAGGUGAAAGAUGAAGCAAGUUUAAAUACAUGUAUAUAUAUAAAACAGUUUGUAUAGUU